UUGAGGUUGACAUUUCAUAAGUCAAAAUAUUUCAGAUUUGUUCAUAUGGUCUUGUGAAUUUAAUUUGAGUUUUAUUUAAAAUUUCAAAAUGAAGAUUAUGGUGAAGUGUCUCAAGGGUGGAAAUUGUUUAGUAGAUGUGGAUGGAAAUACCACUAUUGCAGAAUUGAAAAAGAAAAUUGAAACUGAUAUCAGUAUACCUGCUCCACAACAGACACUAGUUUUAUCUGGAAAGACUUUGCAAGACGAUAAGCCCCUAAGCUAUUAUCCAAAAAUUCAAGAUGGUACAAAAUUGUAUGUUGCAAUUAAAAAGCAAGACACACUGAACACAAUACUAGCCAGAUUUUUAAAAGAAUAUUAUACAGAAGAACAGUGCAAGUUGAUAGUAGAAGAAUUCAUGAAAAACUUCAACACCAGAGUACAUAACUUAAGCUUAGAUGAUCUGGAGAGAAUAGCAAUGUCAGAAAAAGAACAUUUGUAGUUAAUAUUCAGUGUUAGGAUAAGUUAAUUUAAUUCAUUCGAAGAACUUAUUGAAAAUUCACAAUGAGAUUAUGUGCAAGAUAUAACUAUUGUAAAGAAGUUUGGCCUCUUAUAUUGUAAUAAUUUUGAAUGGUCAAAUAUGUUCAUGUGAGGUAAAACUUACUUAUAAGUGACAUUUAUUUGAUUGGACAUAAUAUCUGAUCCUCAUAUCUCUUAUCCCUCAGGAUUAAGAUAUUUAAAUAUUUCAGUUAUUCAAAGCACACUAGUAUUAUUAACUGGUACUAAGCUUGAAAAAAAUAAAUAGAAGCAUUUAUCAAAUAAUGAAGACUUCCUUUUUGCAAGUUCAAUAAUAUAUAAUAUAUUCCAUUGAAGAUACAAAGGAGAAAAAGGGUCAACAUAUUCAAGUAAACAAGCUUCAAUUAUAUCUAAUCAGAUUGAUUGAAAAUGAACUGAUUUUAAUAAAAUAUAUGUAUAUUUUGGUUCGUCAUAUCAGAGUCGAGCUUGUAGUUCAUUUUCACUUUAGAAAUCGGUGUUUGAGUGUAAUUAGUGAUAACUACAUAACUGUUAAUCGGAUAAUUUUACAUAGGAGUCCAAACUAGUGGUCAUUUUUUAUUUAAAUAUCAGCCAUGACAAUUUCUACCACCCACAAGAUGUUGAAAAUUAUUGUUAUAGCAAUUCAGAUAACAUUGUUUUAUAGGAGACUAGAAUAAGGUAAUUUUCAAUAAAUUUCUUUGUUUUCCAGUA